AUGAAUCGUAAUAGUCCAAUCUGCUUCUAUAGUUUCAGAGCUCAUGAGUUGAGAAAGGUGUUCAAAGUGUUGGACUCGAAAAAUGAAUGGAUGCAGUAUUCAGGGGAUCAAAAAGGAUGUAUUCAUCAGGAUAUGUACUCAUUGGGUUCAUCAUUACAAUUCAGGGCACAGAGAACAGGAUAUCGUUUCAAAAAAAGCAAUCGAUCAGAUAAACCAACAUAUUUAGACCUGAACCAUAUAUUCAAAGUAUUAAUUAAUGUUUGCCAGAAGAGUUCAAAUGGCGGCGGAUCAAUGGUGCAAGAUGCAGCCGAAGUCUCCAAUAAAAUUGUGUGUUAUCUAUUCACAUGGGCGAUCUAUCGAACACAUCCGAUGAAUUAUGAAAUUGACGAUGUUCCUGGUGAUUUAUGUACCCAUUUGGUAUACGCUUAUCUUGGUUUGGAUGAAAAAACAAAUGAAAUUAAAUUCCCAGAUAAGUACUUUGACUACAAUGAAUGUGCCUCUGAUGAUAUGACGUGCCAGAACAAAUCGAGUUCUGAAUCACAUAGUUUGAAUCGAAGAUUUGAAAAAUUUGCUGAUUUACGAGCGAAGUGGCCUAACCUUAAAAUUAUGGUCUCUGUCGGAGGUUGGCUUGAGAACGGAGCUAAAUACUCACUUAUGAUAAGUGAAAAAGAAUCAAGACAAAAGUUCAUUUCUUCUGUCAUGUCAUUUCUAAGCCAAUACAAAUUGGAUGGACUAGAUUUGGACUGGAAAUAUCCAGGAGUGCCAUGGAGAGGUGGAGAGCUAUCUGAUGUCACAAACUUUUCUCACUUGUUGAAGGUCAGUUCAUUGCUCCUUCUCACUUCGAGAUUUCAACGAAUAUUUCUUCAUUUAAUCUGUACAAGUGGAACCCCCGAUCAUGACUGAUCGUAAUUUUUUCACUGAAACACAAUAAAUUCAAUCCAUAUUUAAAGACUCAAAUUCUUGAUGAAAAACCAUCGUCAAUGAGAAAAACUAAAAACUAAAAUAAAAUCUGGUUAUACAGCUGAACAGAGUGAAAUCUUUCUGUACAGUUAAGGUACUAUAUUUUUCACUUAACUCUUUACUCGAAAGACAGUUUUACUUAUCCUUCUAAACCAACAAUAAACCAUCAACCUGAUUAACCAAAAAGUUUUUCCCCCAAAGUUAAUAGUAAAAGAUACGGAUUCUGCGUUUUUUCCCCUACCCUGUUUGAACACUAAUUUCUCAGUAACCUGAAUUCCGAUAAAGUUCGAACUAUUUUUUGCGAUUGUAGUUUAAUCAUGGCUUUCAUCCUAUGCGAAAAUUUUCUUUAGAACCCGUUUAGUUUGGCCACAAUCUU